AUGAGGACCAGAGGGAGUAAGGGGAGGGGAAUCCAAUGUAAAGAGUCUACUGAAGAGUGUAAAGAAAAACAUCAACAAUGCAUUGAUGGAGAGGAAUACGCGAACAAGAUCUGUUCUGGUGUGAGCCGAGAUCCACAAAGAUAUUUAGUUCCUCACCCUACAGACUGCUCAAAAUUCUACUCCUGUCAACGUCGUGGAUGGGGUAGUUGGAUUGCCCAUCCUAUGAACUGUCCAACAUCUACAGGAUUUGAUACAAAUCUAAUGAUUUGUAAUUAUAUCAAUAAUUUACCAAGGUGUAAGGAAGAUAACACUGCCCAGCUAUUGGCUGAGUCAGGGUCAGAGGAUGUAGCGCGCCGACUAGUAAAGGCUGACCCGGCCGGUUCUGUAAUAUCCGCACGACAAACCAGAACAAAUACAGUAGCUGUUGGUCAACUGGGAUACCUGCAAGGGGAACAUAGUGGAGGGCAGAAUCUGUUUACUUCAAGCUGCAGCUUAAUACUAAUCAUCAGUCAAAUAUACAUUUAUAUAUUAAAUUCAUAAAAUACAGGGUGUUCUAAUAUACAUGAUAAUUUAAAGAGGAUCAAAUUAUGAUAUUAAAUAUUCAUUUCUAGAUAAAAACAGGCAGAAUAUCCAAUAAAACAGACAAAAUAUCCAAUAAAAACUUUUAUUUUAUUCAAAAUAUGCUCGCAGUUAAAUACGGUAACUUAAAUAUAUUUGAAAAAAUCUUAGCUCGUCUUCUUUUAAUUGUAAUAUUUAGUGGGACACACUGUACUUAUGAAGAUCAUAUACAUUAUUACGAUAAGUAAUUUUUAAUCUUAUGAUUUAUAUAAAUUAAACGUGAGAUUAGAACACUUUGUUAUCAUUAAUUAGUUAAAUUAAGUCUUCCAAUUUAAACAAAAGUGAAUGUAAACGAUAAAGAAACAUCUUGUUCGCAUGAAAAGAUGCUUUAUUUUUUUUGUGAAAAAUAUUUGUUCUGAAACUUUGCUUAUUAAUAUGAUAAAAUUGCUCCAGUUCGUUUCUUAUUUCCAUAUUUUGCUUUACUCGAUGAAAAAAAAAUACCGUGUGAACUCGAAAUCUACUGAUAUUAUUUAGAUUUUUUCUGUUAAACUUCCAUAUUCUUUACUGAUUUACUUCCAUUGAAAUAUUAAUGCUGUGAUCUUGUU